AUGUGUCGCAGCAUAACCUACCGCUACAGCAUCUGCACGCACAGCUGGCGUCCAUAUGUAAUUCCCUGUUCAAAUCCUAUUAUGGACAAUCUUUCAGAUACCGAAAGUAUGAAUAUCUGUCCGGCGUAUAAGAUGAGAUAUGAACGCAGAGUUAUCAAAAGUGGGAAUGGAUUGUGUGCGAUGUGUUGGGAGAGGCAGGAGAGGAAGGAGAAGUAUGUGAGAGAGAGGGAGAGGGUGCUUGAGGAGAAGAUUAGGGAGAGGAUUGGGGGAAAGGGGAGGGGGAUGGAGAAAGAGAAUGGGAGGAUGUUGGGAGAUAUAGAUGAGGAGGUUGAAGAAGGUUUGGAGGAACGAGGGGAAAAUUGGAAGAGGGAGAGGAAGGAGAAGGGGAGAGAGGAGAAUGAAGAGAAUGAAUAUUUUUUGCAGGAAACAGAGAAGAAAACAUGGAUUUUGGAGGGAAAUGGUAGGGUGAGGAAAAAGCUAGAUGGGAAUGAGGGGAAGGGGGUCCGAAAUGGUUGGCUAGGCUAG